AAAAGAAACAUUAUGCUUCACUGAUAUGUUAUUUUACAGAUGCUGGAUGAAAAUUCUCAGUUAAUCAAAACAAUCACUGAGUAUCAGACUCAAGGGAAGACGCACGAGUGCUUUCAGUACCAGCAGUCCCUUCAUAGAAACCUAAUGUAUUUGGCUUCCAUGGCUGAUACUUCCCAAAACAUGGCACAACUUUUACCUCCUCCUCAAUUACCUCCUGGCCCACCAGGUCAAGUGAGUGAGGGACCUCCACAAAGUGGUCCCCCACCUCCUGGCCAGGGACCCCCAGGCCCACAUCCUCCUCCUGGUGCUUACCCUGGGCAGCAACCUGCACCUUACAGACCUCCAGGACCCCCUGGAAUGAGUGGUGGUACCCCAGGCCCAGGGUUUCGCCUGCCAUACGGUCAGCCACCCCAUGCUCAAGGCCCAUACUCACAGCCCUAUCCUCCCCAGGGCCAACAGUAUGGCCAAGCAGGGUACCCUCCAUCAUCAACUGGACCUCAGGUAUAUCCCGGAAAUUCAUCGACACCUCCAGCUCCUGGAACAAAAGGUUAUGGGACUCCUCCACCACCUUCCUCAACUGGAUAUCAGUAUACACCUCCUACAUCACAGCCUCAAACUCAGCCACAGCCCCAGCCACAAUCACAGCCUCCCCCACCUACAACAGUAUCUACAUCAGAACAUCAGCCCCCACAGUCGUACCCUGGAAAUAAUCCCCCUCCAUCUGGGAUGACCUAUACUUCCACACCAUCUUCAACAGCUCCAACACCAACUCCAUCUGGUUUUAGUGGACUCUCUCACUACCCACAAGGUCCACCAGGACCACCUGGUCCUCCUGGUGGUCCUCCUGGAGGUCCUCCUGGGCCCCCAGGUCCAUUGGGGCCUACUGGUCCGCCAAGUGGUCCUCCUGGACCUCCUGGUCCUACUGGUCCCCCUGGUCCUCCUGGUCCUCCUGGCGGUCCUCCUCCUCAAUCUUUCCAGAUGCCUCCAACUUCAGUAGCAGCUCCUCCUGCAUCUGUUGCAACUUCUCCGCCAGGCCAGCCUCCUCAUUCAGCUUCUUCAACUCCACCAGCAUCAUCUGCUACUCCUGUAGGAGGACCUCCUACACCUACAACAGUGCCAACUUCUAUGCCAAUGUACCCUGGUAGCCAACCUCCCCAGUCCCAGCCUCCUCCUCCUCCAGCACCACAGUCUACAGCACCUGCACAAACACAGACACCAACGCCAACACCAACACCGACACCAACCCCGACCCCAACAUCUCACCCAUCACCAGUACCUCCGCAGUCUUCACAGCCACAGCCACAACAGACGAGUUCUCCGAAUCCUCCGGCAGUUCCUUCUACUCCAACACCACCAGCAUCUCAGAGCUACACAGGCACACCACCACCACCUGUAUCCCAGGCUACAGCUCCCAGUCAGCCAGCACCAGCUAGUGCAGCUCCUCCUCCUCCACCUACUCAGCAGGCUCCAGGACCUUAUCCCCCACCUUCUCAGCAAUAUCCUGGUGGUGGGGCACAGGGAUAUCACCAGGCCUACCCAAGUCAGUAUCCUCCUGGCUCUCAGGCAGGAUACCCACCUCCUGGGCAGUAUCCAGGUGGUCAACCAUAUUCACAGCCAUAUGGGUCCUAUCCACCACCAGGCAGCCAUCCAGGCUAUGGAGGUCCUAUGCCUAAUGCUCAGCCAGCAUACCAGCAUCCUUCUGGUCCUGGAUAUGCACAGGGUUAUCCACCACCUCCUGGUAGUCAGUAUGGCCAGUACAGACCAUCUCCUGGCCAGGGACCUCCCCAAGGGCAGUUCCCUGGUUAUGAUCAGAGCAGAUAUCCUGGGUAUCAACCUCCCCCACCUCCAUCAGGUCCUCCAUCUGCUCCUCACUAAAUUGAUUUUUGAGAUUUGAUUAAUUUAUAGGUGGUGUCAUCAUCUUUAGAUUAUAAGUGUACUCAGAGUAUUUUUGUGUGUAUACUAAAUUUAUUAUAACUGGAAAAAUCUAGGUAGGCCUAAUUUUUCACCAUUGUAUGGUGUCAGUGGAUACCAGCUACUUAAUGGUACUAUAUUGCGCAUGCAUCUGUGGAUGCUAAGGUUACACAAAUAAUAGUUAUACAAUAUUGAGUACCUGAAUGGAGUAGUUCACUUCAACAGGAUCUUUGUAUGUAGAAUCUCUUUGAAUGACUAUUUUUAGUGUUUGGAUUUUUGUCAGCGCUUUCAUAAAGUGCUGAGUCUCAGUGGAAUGAGAAUUAAUCUUUUCCAUGGAAAAAUGCUGUGCAACAGCAUCACUAAUCAAAUAAUAUUGUCAUUUAGAUGAUAUUUGUGGUACUACAUGUGUUUGUUUCAUGUUCAUUAAGAAAGGAAUAGUUGUAAAUAUAAAGGUACAAAAGUAUUAAGAACAUGACAUUGGGAUGUUGUCUAACUUCUUGAAGGUUUUGUGUGUGUUGUACAGUAGCAGAUAAUCUGUUCAUUACAUAGUUCCAUGUCAUAGAAUGCUUGUUUGUCAGGAACUUGUCCUGUUUCUUCUCUUUGGACUUUGACUGGUAUAAUAUGCAUACAAGAUAGUUUGUGAUGUGGCUAUACUAAACUGUUGCCCAGUCUGCUGUGAGGGCCAAACAAUGUCUGGAUAUAGAAAAUCCUUGACAUCUUUCUCUCUUCCAUCCUCUCAGUGUCCCAGUGUUUUUUUUUUUUUAAAUGGUUACUUUUGAAAAUAUGAAUGUAGGGAGAAACAUGCUGGUAUUUAUGAAGAAUAUAAUAGUACAGUAUUUUCAAGUGGCUGUUUGGAAUGGUUAUUUAUCAUAGUUUUACUUCAGGAGGAAAGAAACUUAACAGGUGAGUAGGCAAUCAAGUAAAAUAAUUAAAAAGUAUUUAUCAAUGAUAGGUGUCUGAUCCAGUUACUAGGGUUGCAUUGGCAACAGUUUUCUAAAUUAUAAAAUUUUCUUGAUCUAGCAAGGGAAAGGUCUCAAAUAUUUUUCCUCGAGUUGAUGAAAGCUUGAAUAAUUUUGUUUAAUUAAGUGAUAUAUCUUUGGUGUGUACUUGCUGAAUAACCUGGGAAGAGGUGAAUAUAAGUGGUAGUCUUUGAAAACUUAUAGCUUGCUGAGUAUUGAUGUAAUUAGCCUGUCCUUAAACAGGAAAUACAGAAUGCUAUAGCCCUAUUUUUUCUGUCUAAAGUUAUUUGUUCAGGAGAAUCAUUGUAAAGUCAGUGGAAUGGAAGAAGCCAAGCAGAAGGCGGAGGACCUUGAAUCCUGGUCAUGCCAACAGUCUAAUGUGUUUCCUCUUUGGGGAUUUAACGCAUGUGUACAUAUGCCACAACCUGACUACAGACUAAUUUAGAUUGAUUUAUAAAUUUAUGAAGUAAUAAUUUAAUAUUAGUGGGGAACAACUGCCAACAUGGCAUUGAUGAUCUUGAAGUUUAGUUUAUCCUCUUUGCCUUGUAGGGAAAUUAAAGGAGCAACCAGUGCAUUAACUAGUGGCAUGCUAGGAAUCACAGUUGUAUUCACUCCAGUUCAUGUACAAUUGACGUUUGUUAACUGAAAAUUCUUAGGUGACUCACUUAAUUGGUAACUGAAAAUUCUUAGUUGAUUCACUUAAUUGUCAAACAAAUUUGGGCGUAUGAUUGAUACUACUAAGAAUCUGGGCUUGAAUCUUAAAUUAACAAAUCAUCAUUAAUGUUUUUAGUUCAAAAUUCCCUUUUACAGGUUAGAUGGUAAAAGAGUUGCUGGACUUGAAUCCUAAGCAACUUUGAUUAUCACAAUGAUCAUUGUUAUUGCAGAUUUUUAUAUUUGCUCAGACAUGCACUGACUUCUCAGUAUUGGCCCUCUGGCUUGUGCUCUUUAUGCCUGAACUUGCCAUUUAGCUUAUGUCUUCAUGUAUGCCGUUAAUCCUUGAUUUUCAAGGCUCUUUUAUUGAUUUUCAUCUUACUCCUUCUUAUCCUCUUGUUUUUUAACUGCAUUUUACCCCAUAACCAAAGCAUCUCAUUCUUAAGGAUUUCAUUCAGUCUCUUGAAUGCGUGAGUCUAUUUCAGUCAAGACUUUUGUACAUUUUAGGAAUAAGAAGUACAUCUCAAGCUCCUAGCCCCUAAUGACAACUAGGUUGUGUGUUGGGAAAGUGGAUGGCAUUAUUAUUUUUAUUAUUUUUUUUAUACUUAAACAUCGAGAAGUGUAAGCAGUUUACUCCUCGUAUAUUAUUGCAUAUGAUGAUAAUUUUUGUGUACUACAGUAGUAAGUAAUUACCAGAUUGCUGGUAUUAAGACUAGGAAGUACAGUACUUGAAAGCGACUAUUUUUGCAAGUUUAAAGGAAUCAUUUUGUCAAAUUUAAAUUGCUAUGUACAAUUUUUUCUUCAAUGUCAGGUACAGCAUAUAUAUUAUGCAGAUUUUUUUAAUCUUCUUGCUAAAAGAUAAUUUUUUCUGUAUUUAGCCUUCCAAUUUUAAAUGAUCAUGUGUUUGUAGAUUUGGGCUUUUAUAAUGUUCGGAAUUUAGCAACGAAUAUUUGAAGAGCUUGUAAUUUUUAUAUUUUAAAAAUGUGAUCAAAAUUGAGUUGGAGUAUCUUGCUCACUUGGUAGUUUAAUGUAGUUUCCAUACAUUAAAUCUUUAUGAUUUUCAAUGUGGUCAUCUGGUUGAUAUUAAUAAAAGAUUCAUUCCAAAA